AUGGUUCCAGAGUCAAGUAGUCGAAACAAACUAAUUCCAAAGGAUUGUCCAGGGGAUAUUGUCACGAUUAUAGCUGGCAUGGAUGAUGUUCUUACUCCAGUGUCUAAGGUUCAGGACCCAGAAAGCAGCAAUCCAGAGGGCAAGGACGUGAAUAAGGCUGCUGGUUUCCAUGGUUACGUAAAGCAUACUAGUAAGUCUGGCGGCCAAGAACUGGUGGAGAUUCUCCAUGAUGUCUUCCUGAAGGAAGUCUACGAAGAUGGAUACACAUUGGACCCAGAGACAGAGUCAAAGGUUGCGCUCACCAAUAAUGAUGCAAAUGCAUACACAUCUUACGCCAGCAACGUUUGCAAAGAAGAUGACGUUGGAUUAGGGAAAACACUGUCGAAGGGCCAGACUAAAGUUAAAGGUCCAAUGAACGUACUUAAAAAUGAUGUAUCGGGCUGUGCAAGUGCUGCGCUAGGAGGGGAAGGAAGACCAAAAAGGAACGUAACCGUUUCAUAUGACUAUCAAUGUACAGAAGAUUUUGAUACGUCUGCAGAUAGCGAUUCCGACUACAUACCACAGAGCUCUGAUGAUGACCUAACAGAACACAAUGAUGAUACUGGUGACAAUGAUUUCGACGAAGAUGUCGAUGAUUAUGUCCAAGAUGAUGUCAAUGAUUAUGUCCAAGAUGAUGUCGAUGAUUAUGUCCAAGAUGAUGUCGAUGAUUAUGUCCAAGAUGAUGUCGAUGGUGGUUUAGAUCGUGGAGUUGGUGGCAGUAAAAGUACUAAAUCCCAGAAAAAGGAAUCGAACAAGAUUGAAACAACCAACAAUAAGGAAUGUCCACAUAUAGAUGAAGCAUACAGACGCCAAAUGAGGAAUGUUUCACUGCCAACGUAUUCUAAAAAGGAAGAUGGGCAUCGGGACUAUCGAAAAACAAACUACUGUUAUUACUGCAAACGUUCAUUCACGUCCAAAAUAGCACCACACUACAUCAGCAUUCAUUCAGACGAAGAACUAGUGAAGAAAAUCAUACUGUCAUCAACGGAAUCAGAACAGAGAAAGACGUUGCUUUUGGAACUUGAAAACAAAGGCAAUUUUGCACAUAACGCGCAGGUAAUCGAAAGGGGCGAGGGAGAAUUGGUUGUCGCGAGAAGACCAAAUAGCAAACAAAAAGAGAAGUAUUCCUCUGCGGACUACUUGCCUUGUGAAUAUUGUUUAGGGUUCUACAACAAAGACACAUUAUGGCUUCAUGUAAAUAACUGUUGCUUGAAGCCCAAGAACAAACAACCUUCAACAAAAAAUUUCCGUCGUGAUGCAAAGGCCAUGUUAUUUCCAUUUAUGAAGGACAUAGACGAAGACGAUGCCCUACUGGAAUCCUUUUUGAUGGAAUGA